UGCGACGACGGCAUUCCUAAACAUGAUAACGGGGAUUUUCCUGCUUUCAAUUUUGCAUACAGGUGCUGCAGCAGCGGUUGCAUGCUGUCCAGAUGGAUGGGUGCAGUAUGGAGGCUCCUGCUACAUCAUCAUCACAUCACAGAGAGACUGGACUAAAGCAGCAACGGAUUGUGGCAUCUACGGAGCACACCUGAUACAUAUUGAAACAAAGGCCGAAAACGACUUCAUCAAGAACUAUUUGAAGAAGUUUGCAAAUUCCGGUGCCUCCUUGACAUCGUGGAUAGGCUUGACGGACAUGGUAGGUUCCUGGCAAUGGACCCCACAGGGGAAACCGUUAUCUUUCACAGACUGGACACCGGGGGAGCCUGACCGUCAUGAGGCCAAUUCCAACUGCGGUAUUCUCUGGGCACCAGGAGGCUAUUCGUGGUCGGAUUACGGAUGCAACUUACUUCAAAACUUUAUAUGCGAGAAGGCGAUGCAAUCUCCUCCCCUUGUUGGAUAAACCCGGGUACCAAGCUGAAAUCGGUGAACACAUUAAAAGCCUUUGCUGGUUAUUUCUGUCAUUCACACUGUUCUCUGUUUUAUCCAUGAUAAUUGUUCGGCAUCAAAUGUAUUGACAUGUACCGUAAAUGCUCUAUGUCCACAUGGUUUUAUAUAUUUCUUGGAUUUCAUACCAACUAUGUAA